AAAUGGCGGCGCCCGUGAGCCGCGGCCCCGAGCCCGGCGCGGCUCCCUACGGGAACUUCCCCAACUACUCCCGCUUCCCCCCCCCUCAUGGUCAGAUCUCCCUUUGGACUCCCCAGCUCUGGGGGGGUGUCCCUGAAUCCCUUCUCCUCCUGCAGGAGCUCAGUGUGGCUCUGUACCAGCACCUCCUGGGGCUGCAGGAGGGCGAUCCCGGCUCGGAGGCGCAGGGAGCUGGCAAGGAGCUGAAGCUGCUGUGCUGUGACAUCGACCCCGAGCUGAUCCGGAGGGCCCAGCAGAGCAGCCCCUUCCCCUCCUCCAUCUCCUUCGCCAGCCUGGACAUCAUGGACCCGGGGGCCAGGGAGCCGCUGCUGAGCUCCUUCCUGCAGCGCUUCGGCCGCUCCCCCCGCUGCUACCGCGCGGCCGCGCGCCGCCUGCGCCGCCUGGGCCGCCGCGACUUCCAGCACUUCCGCUCCCUGGGCAUCAGGGGCGACAUGGCCCAGAGCGUCACCCGCAUCCUGACCCAGCAGUGCGCCAUGGAGCUGGUCUGCUGCUUCGGCAACACCGCCUGGGACCGCAGCCUGCUGCUCUUCAGGGCCGCCGGCGCCGCCCCCGAGCAGCAGCACGGCCCUGGGGCGGAGGCUGGGGAGGGACAGCUGGGAAUUCCUGAAUCCCAGUCAGAGCCAGGCCUUGACCUCCUGGGGGAAUCCGAGGCAAGGAAAGACUCUGAGUGACUAUGGGGCACUUCUAACCUGUUUUCUGGGGUGCAAGGAAGUGCUCCUGGAAUCCAAGCUCCUACCUGUGCACGUGGAUCCACCUGAACCACAGGGACCGCAGCCUGCUGCUCUGCAGGUCCACCCCCGAGCAGCAGCACGGCCCUGGGGCUGUGGGUGGGGAGGGAGAUCUGGGAAUUCCUGAAUCCCAGUCAGAGCCAGGCCUUGACCUCCUGGGGGAAUCACAGAAUCACAGAAUCACAGAAUAAUGAGGUUGGAAGAGACCUCUGAGAUCAUUGAGUCCAACCUAUGUCCUAAUGCCUCAGCUCAGAGUCCAGACUAUAGCACCAAGUGCCAUGUCCAGCCUUUUCUUAAACACAUCCAGAGAUGAUGAUUCCACCCCCUCUCUGGGAAGAGCA